GCACCCCUCCGUUCCUACCACUGCACACUUCUCUCCUCUUCCUCCUUCAGUCUCCUCUGGUAGAUCUCUCGAGGUCGCCUUCUCCGGCCACGGCGGACGGCAUUAGAAGCAGAGGUGAGGGUCGAGGGAGCGUUGAUUUGGUGGGUAGAAGAGGCGGCCGGCGGCAACGAUGUAUAAGAACCAGCUCCAGGAGCUGGCGCAGCGGAGCUGCUUCAACCUCCCGGCGUACACGUGCCUGCGGGAGGGGCCGGACCACGCGCCGCGGUUCAAGGCGUCGGUCACCUUCAACGGCGAGCUGUUCGAGAGCCCCGGCUUCUUCACCACGCUCCGCCAAGCUGAGCAUGCUGCCGCCGAGGUCGCCCUCGCCGCCCUCGCCCGGCGCGGCCCCUCUUACUCGCUAGCCGCCCGCAUCUUGGAUGAAACAGGGGUUUACAAAAACCUUCUACAGGAAGUAGCCCAGAGAGUUGGAGCACCAUUGCCAUCAUAUACAACAGAGCGGUCUGGCCUUGGCCAUCUGCCAGUUUUCACAUGUACGGUAGAGCUGGCUGGGAUCAUAUUUACAGGUGAUCAUGCUAAGAAUAAGAAACAAGCUGAGAAAAAUGCAGCUUCAGCAGCCUGGGCUUCACUGAAACAAUUGGCACGUGAGGAAGCAAACUCAACAAAUGAACCAGAGAAUAAUGAUGAACAGGAGCAGAUCAGGAUUGCUCGAGCUCUUCUCAACUAUCGCCUGAAGGAAAAGAUGGCGAUGGCCAAUAAUCCCCAUGCUUCACCGUUUCCUAAGAAAUUUCCCAUGAAACCAGAGAGGAAGCCUUCUUUUGCUCAAUCCUCCCAAUCCAGUUACUCGAAAAUUCUUCCUCUAUUCCGACCGAAGUCUAGUUCAAGAUCCAGACCAGAGUCACCAGCAGCAACUGAUGGAGCAUCACAAUCACCUUUCUGGUCCAUUGAAACCUCUAAUUCAAGGUCAAGGUUUCCGGCUGCAGGGGCAGCCCCUUAUGUCCCAGUUGGGCACUACCGAAUGCCUUGCCAUAGCAUGGCUCCUCCAGUCACAGUCAGGAGUGCUGUUCCUGUGUUCUCUGCUCCACCUCUCCCACCUCCAGGCUCACAGACACAGCAGCUUCCUCCUCUCCUGAGCCACCCGCCGCCAAUUCGGAUGGCAUCCCCAGUCCGCAUCAGGCCACCUCCCGCACUCUUUGCUCCCUCUGGUCCAGUUCGCAGUCCAAGACCUGUGAUGUCCGUUCAGAUGAAGGAUGUGCAACACAAACCAAUGAAGGAAUCGCUGUCAUCUGUGAUCCCUCUUCAGGUAAAGGAUGCCCAACACCAACUGUUUAAUGGAUCAUUGUCGCCUGUGAUCCCCAUUCAGAUGAAGGAUGUGCAGCCCCAACUGCCAAAGGAACAACUGUCACUUGCUAAGGACGCACCACCGGUGGUUCCAUUGCCAGUGAUUAGGCCUCCAGUUAAGAUUGAGGCUCCAGCUCAAGUCAAGGAAGCUCCACAGGUUGUUACCAGUGAAGUCCAAUGCCCUGCUGCUGGUUCUACUGCUGCUGCUACCUCGGCAGAGUUUCUUCCAGCAAGCCAGUCAGGUGCCGCCGAUGAGGACAAGGGUGAAGCUGCGCUUGAUGACCAGGCAGAAGCUAAAGCAGCAGUGGAGGGCAUCAUCAGGCAUCUAGAGAUAAAAUGAGACUUCCGAAACCAAUGGUCGCCUUCUCUCAGAUUUUGUAAUUAGCUGCCUCCUGUGCACAUCCCUUUCCGUUUAGUUUUUGCAUGCGUUGAUUCGGAUUAGAGGUCUCCUGGGCAAGCUGCAUUCUAGUAGGGUCACCUAGCUUUUUGUUCAGAAACAAAAAACAUGCAGCGGUAGGCAGUUUCCCUGGUUGGGUCGGAGAUGGUUAUACUUCCCUGGAUAUGGUGGUCUGGUUUUACUUUUACUCCCCCCCAAUGAUGAGGUGGAUGCUGUGUGUGUGUGCCUCUAGGGAAGGAUUAUGAGGCGGCGGUUAUUACAUCCUAAAUUUGGUAAUUAUUACUGUCCAUCGAUCAUUCUACAGUA